AGAGUAGUAUAGAUAAAAAGAUUAUGUUACAGAAGGAUAGAAAUGGAAAAGGAAUGUAGGUAGACGGCGUUACGCGUCGCUUUCUACAACACGACACACCAAGUCGGCGAGUGCGGCGCACCACUGUCGCUUCUUUGCUCAGCAGGUUUCUGUCUCUCUUUUCUCUCGUCUUUUUCCUCAUUCCACAUACUAAUACCAAACCAACAACCUCAAAACAAAACAUUCCUCCCACCAAAAUGGCUGUCUUGUCCAUACUACUUUCCCUUCUCUUAACAACCACCCUCUUCUCUUUCUCCCACCAGCAACCUCCUUUGGACUCCUCCGAACAAGAAUCACUCUACCAGAUUCUUCACUCCCUCAACCCCACCAUUCCCUGGCGCACCCUCUUCCCCGACGACCUCUGCCUCUCCGCUCCACACGGCGUCGUUUGCGACUACCCUACGCAACUCAACCAAACGCCCCACAUCGUCCAACUCAGCUUCGGCUACGUUUCCGACGAAACCCCCAACCCUCCUUGCUCCUCCAAUGCCACCCUCAACUUUCAUCUCUUCAACUCCUUCCCCUACCUCCGCAAACUCUUCUUCUACAACUGCUUCAACAAUGCCCCUCUUUCUCUCUCUCCUUCCUUCUCUUUCCCUUCCUCCCUCCAGGAACUUGUUUUCAUCAACAACCCUUCUUUCAUUUCACCUCUCGCUUCUCUGCUUCAAAACCUCACCUCUCUCCGCAGACUUAUUCUCAUCGGAAACGCUUUUCACGGCCAGCUCCCGUCUCAGAUUGCUGCCUUCCUCAACUUGGAAGAGGUUACUCUAUCCAGAAACAACCUUAGCGGUGAAAUUCCUUCCAGUUUGGGGCUCCUCAACCAGCUCAAAGUUCUUGAUCUCAGUGGAAACAAGUUUGAAGCUUGUUUACCCGACUCGCUUGGGAAUCUCUCUCGGCUUUUGAAGCUUGAUUUGAGCUUCAACGCUUUUGGUUGCAGAAUCCCGGAGAGUUUAAGAGGGUUGCAGAGUUUGGAGUUUUUGGAUUUAAGCUUCAACCGUUUCGGCAGUUUCGGCGUGCCUUUGUUUCUGGGGGAGGUCCCAACGUUGAAGGAAGUGUAUCUGAAUGGGAAUCCUCUCUCCGGGGCGAUUCCGGAAAUAUGGGAAAAUAUGGGGGGUGUUGAAAGAUUAGGGCUUUCGGAGAUGGGUCUGGUGGGUAGCAUCCCUGUUUCAAUGGGGGUAUAUUUGAAAAACUUGUCUUAUCUUGGGCUUGAUAACAAUAACCUUGACGGGCCUGUGCCUUUUGGGCUUUUGGAGUAUGGUGGUGAGAUAAACUUGGAGAACAACAAUUUGAGUGGGAGAGUGAGAUUGUCAAGAAGAGUAGGACAAAAGCUGAAGCUGAAGGUGGGAGGGAACAGAGGGCUAUGUUUGGAGAAUAUAAUGGGUUGUGAAAGUGGUGAUGAUGGUGGAUUGGGUCAACUCAAAGCCUGCAAGAAAACUGAUGUUCCUGAUGCUGUCGUUUUCAGUGGGGCUUCUUUUCUGCUGUGCUUUGAUUCCCUUUCCUUCUUGGUUGGUCUUCCUACUUUAGCUGCUGUGGUGCUUGUCUUCAAGGGAUUUUGAGGAUGUUUUCCGUUGCUUCCUAACUGUAGAGAAUGGGUUUUGUCUUUUUUUGUCUCUUUUUUACCAGUAAACAACAAAACCACAUGUUUUUUUCUGACCUUGUAAAGUGGAAAUAUGAGUUAUGGGGACUCAAAGUUUAAUAUAUAGGAAUCAAUCAUUUAUUGAAUUGACAUUGCA